AUGCCGGUGCUGUCUCCCUUCAUGGCCUUCGCUUGCUCUUUUCACGGUAUCGUGGGCAUUGAGAAUGCCACACCCUAUGCUCUGGAUAAAAGAUGGUUUUGGAAGAUGGAUGCCCUCUCGACGCAGAUGACUCCACUGGUGAUCUCCCUGUCUUUGUUUUGCAUUACUAUCGAGUCUGCAGACGUAGAACCAAGUUUUGACCAAGUUGCAACGUUCAACAUUUCCUCGUCAAAGCAGGUCAGCAAGUUCCCGCAUGGAUGGUACAUGAAAGUUCUCUUCGAGGCUGAUGGGGCCGCACAUACUAAUUCGACUCUACCUAUGAGACUCGAGACCCUGAAUCAAGCGAGUAUUUGUCAAUAUGCACAAUUUUUCAAGGAUGAACCCCAGGCGUUUACACACGAUGGGAUGAUUGUUGUUAUGCGGUAUAGCGUCUCCCAGAUAGCUUUUGCGCUUGGAUAUACGUCCUCAGAAUAUGUGUGGUGCUCAGCUAAUGCUACCCUGGACUGCGUCAGCACGGUACUAUAUCACCUUCGCAUUGAUGCAGCACAACCCUUGGGACCGCAAAUGACAGCGCUUAUCUCGAGGGGUGACAUCGUAUUGACAACUUCGCGGUGGUUUCAAGCCGGGAAGGAGGUGUCUAUGGCCAGUGAAACUAUAUACUAUAGCUACCCGUCUCGUGAGGAGGCCAUUGCGGCGUUUCAGGGAGCGCAACAGCAGGGUCAGUUAUAUGGUGUCCGCGUGUAUCCCGGAUUUUCGAAGUUAAGCCAGCAUCCCGGCAGUCAAGAGCGAGAAAAAGAAGCGCAGCCAGGAGCUGAACAGCAGUUUCCCAUACAAAAUAUGAUUGCAAACCGGUAG